UGUCAUUUUCAACUAAUUUGGACGCAAUUUCUUGUUGUUUCUCGUUUCGUAUGCAAAUUGUGUUGGAAUGCUCUGAAUUAGGCAGCAGAGCAGUAUUUUCAAUUCACAAUUCAAAUUUUUCCCUCGUUUAAAUUCGCAAGUCUUACAACAAGUUGGCAGGGCCCGCAAAAUUAAUACCAUUCCGAACGGACAAUGCACAAGCAGCUGAGAUUUUCAUAAUACCAUGAAAUAAAGAGCAACGAUCACUCAUCGUAUAUUACUACCUAAAACAUAUAUAUAUAUACAUAAAAACAUAUAUAUAUAUACUUCAGUAAUAUACUAUAUUAGCUGCCGGUAUAUAAAUCAAUAUGUUUACACUGCGCCGCAUCAGUCAACAUCUGUAUCCAAAACAAAUUCAAUACUUGAGAAUGUCGCAUGUGGGCGAGCUGGGCAGCGGUGCGGGCAAAGGUGGGGGCGCAGGCGGCUCCAUACGCGAAGCUGGUGGAUCGUUUGGCAAAAUGGAAGCUGCGCGCGAGGAGGAGUUCUUCUAUAAGCAGCAAAAGGAACAACUCAAGAACCUGAAGACGAAGACCGACACCAAGGCGCCCGAAGCAACAAAGAAAUGAAAUACAUAAACACACAUAUAUAAAUGCUCAAUUUUAUAGUUUUUAGUUCUGUUUGAUAGUUUUUUAUGGAUCACAUUUCGAAAUAAAUUACAAUAUUUUGUGUGAA